AUGAAGGAAAAAGGGUUUCUACCAAACAUUGAAACUUGCAAUGACAUGUUGAUGUUGUUCCUCGAGUUGACUAGAAACCAGGUUGAGGAGUUUAUUAGGCGCUUGGAGACUAUUGGGGUGAAGCCUGCUAUUUAUAAAUAUAACACACUCAUACUCAUACACAAUGGAGAGAAGUUCGAAGCAGCUUGUGUGAUCUUUCAGGAUAUGUCAGAUGAUGGACUUGUUCGAUAUGCUUAUAGCGAUAAUUCUUACAUUUUUGUGAUGUAUAAAGAAGGAAGGCUUGAAGAGGCAUCUGAUUCACUUCCUAAGAUGUUAGAGUCAGAGUCGGAAUUGGUGCCACAUGCAUUAAUAUAUGAUGCCUUGAUUGAUGAAUGUUGCACAAAAGGGAUUGAAGGGAGUCGGGAGGAUAUAGAAAAGACUAUUGCAUACAAAGAUGAGAUGAUAAGUAGAGGGAUAGAGCCAACUCUUGUCACUUACACUUUGUUGAUUGAGGCACUGUUCGAGGUAGGGCACUCUUGGGGAGCUGAGGAUAUGAUAAAAGAAAUGCAAGAAAAAGGAUUGAAGGCGGAUGUUUAUACUUAUAACACAUUGAUGAGUGGUUAUGCUAAAUGCAAGUUCAGAGAUGCACACAUAGGCCUUUAUGAUGAAAUGGUGGAGAAAAGGAUUCAGCCCAAUCUGUUGACAUAUAAUACCAUGAUGCUAGGGCACUGCAGGUGUUCGGAAGUGGAGGAAGCUCGGAAACUUUUUGAUGAGAUGAAGAUAAGGGGGAUCAAACCUGAUCAUAUUAGUUACAAUUUACUCAUUGUUGGUUAUGGUGAUAGAGGAGGUGAUGUGAAGGAGGCUUUCAGAGUUCGGGAUGAAAUGUUGAAGAAUGGAAUUGAUCCUACCUUUACCACUUACGAUGCUCUUAUACUAGGCUUGCGCAUAAACCAUGAAGUUGAGCAAGCUAAAGAGCUCCUCAAAGAAAUGAUUAGUAAGGGCAUCUGUACUCCUGAUGACAAGAAGUACCUAGUUUUAACUGAAACGGCUGAAGUGGAAGUUGAGAUACUUGAUCAGCUUAAAGCUAGCAGGAUGAAGAAAAUUACUUUCAAGAAUCAAGGAGAACUCGAAGUGAUAUUUUUAUGUGCAGAUUUAAAAAUAGAUCCAUAUGUUGCCCGAGAGAGCAGUGUGGCACAUUGA